AUGGUGAAUUUGCCGUCGAUCGGGGCGUCUUUUAUUUUCCUGCAUUGUCUAUGGCGACUCGCCUCGGGACAAGUUCGCUAUUCGAUUCCUGAGGAGCUGGAACAUGGGGCCUUUGUUGGGAAUAUCGCUGAGGAUUUAAGGCUACACAUUUGGGAAUUAUCGGCUCGCAUGUUUCGGCUGGUGCCCGAUGACGUAAGACAAUAUAUAAAGGUAAAUUUGGAAAACGGGAAUUUAUUUGUUAAUGAAAGAAUCGACCGAGAACAGCUUUGUAGACAAAGCUCUACCUGUUCCCUUCAUUUUCAAAUAGCGCUCAAUGACCCUAUUGAAACGCAUCGUAUCGUAGUGGAGAUACUCGACGUAAAUGAUAACUCGCCCAGCUUUGAGAAUAAUGAAUUCUCGUUGCAGAUCAGUGAGUUAAUUGCACCAGGGGCGCUUUUCCCUCUUGAGAGCGCGCAUGACCCGGACAUGGGCACAAACACAAUCAGCAAUUACCAGAUUAGUCCAAACGAACACUUUGGCAUUAAAGUGCAGUCAAUGAGAGAUGGGAGUAAAGGCGCCGAACUUUUAUUAGAGAAGCCAUUAGACCGUGAGCAACAGGCGACGCUUCACCUUGUACUGACUGCCAUUGACGGUGGGGUUCCGCACAGGUCUGGCACAGUGCGGAUUAUCAUUACCGUAGUGGACGCGAAUGAUAACGCGCCCAUAUUCGAUCAAGAAAUCUACAGAACCCACGUAGUAGAAAACGUUGCCGCAGGCACGUUAGUGAUAAAACUUAAGGGCGCUGAUUUGGACGAAGGCUCCAACGCUGACCUAACAUAUUCUUUCACUAAUCACGUUUCCAAAAGAAAUCGCGAAUUGUUCACAUUGCAUCCGGAAACUGGAGAGAUCAGAGUUCAAGGAAAAGUGGAUUUUGAAGAAUCGCGUGUUUGCGACCUUGAUGUACAAGCUGUGGACAAUGCUCCACCCGGGCUUUCAGGGCGUUGCAAAGUUGUUGUUGAUAUAAUUGACAUUAACGAUAAUGUCCCUGAAUUAGCCCUGAAUUUGGUGUCCAGCACAGUGCGGGAAGAUGCUCCUCCGGGGACUGUGAUAGCGCUGAUGAGCGUAACGGAUCUAGAUUCCGGUGAAUAUGGAGAAGUUCGGUGUCAAGUUCCAGGGAAUAUCCCAUUUAAGCUCGAAAACCCUUUAGGAAACAGCUAUAAGUUGAUUACCAGUGAUAUUCUCGAUCGUGAAAUGGCCUCAGUGUACAACAUCUCCAUUUCCGCCUGGGACGGAGGGUCUCCACCUCUUUCAACAAGUAAAAACAUUAUAAUUUCGAUAACUGAUAUAAAUGACAACGCACCAAGAUUUACGCAGUCCUUAUAUAAUGUGUACCUGAUGGAGAACAACACUCCAGGUGCUUCUAUAUUUGCUGUUACCGCUUUGGAAGUUGAUUUAGAUCGGAAUGGGGAGGUCACCUAUUCUAUUCUGGAAAAUCCGAUGCAAGAACUGCCUGCGUCUGUUUACGUCACCAUUAACAGCAAAACUGGGAACAUAUACCCGCUGCGUUCCUUUGACUACGAGAAACUGAAAAAUUUUCAAUUUCAAGUUCAAGCCCAGGAUGCUGGAUCUCCCCCACUGAGCAGCACUGCCACCGUCAGCGUCAUUAUUUUGGAUCAAAAUGACAAUGCUCCUGUUAUUGUUUCCCCUUUAACUUGGAACAGCUCAGCCACAAUGGAGAUUGUACCCCACUCAGUGUAUCCAGGUUACUUGGUCACCAAGGUGAUCGCAACUGAUGCCGAUUCCGGUCAGAACGCACGGCUUUCCUAUCAACUGCUGGAGCCCUCUGAUCCCAGUCUGUUUACUGUUGGCCUUCUCUCUGGAGAAAUCAGAGCAACAGGGCGUUUAAGGGUCGAAGACAUAAUAGCAGAACGACUGGUCAUCUGUGUGAAGGACAAUGGACAACCGAGCUUCUCCAGCACAGCCACAAUCAGCUUUUCAAUUUUGCCUAAUAUUACAGAAAAAUCUUUGGAACGAACUGACGAACCAAGACAGUCUGCAUAUUUUUCGCAUCUUAAUCAUUAUUUGAUCAUCAUUUUAGGAUCAACUUCUUUUCUGUUUCUUGUGACCAUUAUUUUUCUGGUCGUCCUGAAGUUUAAGCAAGACAGAAAUAGUGCUGGAAACUACGGCUCCACUGUUUGUUGUAAGAAACGUAGGAAUUCGAAUGAUGCCUUCAAUCAGAUGCCCGCGGCAAACGAACCAUUCAAUUAUCCGGGGCCUGGUCAACCUGAUGGUUAUCGUUACACGGUGCGUUUAUCACCAGAAUCAUCGAAAAGUGAUUUUUUGUUUCUAAAACCCUGUAAUCCCACUUUGCCUUUCAAUGACCCGAGUAUUCAUGAGUCCAAGGCAAUAAAAUAA